GACUAUUAAAAAUUAUUUCUCCAAUUUUGCCUUUUCUUGCUGAGGAAGUUUAUCAAAAUAUUCCUUUCCUCUUUGGUUUUGCCGGUCAAGAAAGCAUUCAUUUAGUAAAUUAUUCUCCAAUUUUGCCUCCUUCUCCUGAUAGUGAAAGGAAAGCAGAACUAAUUACUGAUUUUUUUCUUCCACUUCGCCAAGAUGUAUAUCAAACCUUAGAAAAAACUCGCCAAGAAAAAGAACUGUUGUUGGUAGCGGAAGUUGAGAUUAGAGAAACAAAAGAAGAAGACAUGCGAGAAGGAAAUUUUUGCCUGGUUAAG